GCCACGCGGCGCGGACAGGGACACGGGCGGCCCCAACACGACAGGGCCCUCGGGGAGCUCCAAGCCCUCCCGGGGCAGCAGAGGAGGAGGGGUGGGGGGGACGCUGCCCGAGCCACUUGGGCCCUGCCCAGCCCUGCAGCUGCGAUGCUGCUGGAAACGGAUCUCGAGGGCAACCGCGAUCGGCCUGGGGUUCCCGCAGCUGCCGCUGUCUGCACCUUUGGCGAGACUAGGGAGAUCCCGCUGUGUGCCGGCUGUGACCAGCACAUCCUGGACCGAUUCAUCCUCAAGGCUCUGGACCGCCACUGGCACAGCAAGUGCCUCAAGUGCAGCGACUGCCACACGCCGCUGGCCGAGCGCUGCUUCAGCCGCGGAGAGAGCGUUUACUGCAAGGACGACUUCUUCAAGCGCUUCGGGACCAAGUGCGCCGCGUGCCAGCUGGGCAUCCCGCCCACGCAGGUGGUGCGCCGCGCCCAGGACUUCGUGUACCACCUGCACUGCUUCGCCUGCGUCGUGUGCAAGCGGCAACUGGCCACGGGCGACGAGUUCUACCUCAUGGAGGACAGCCGACUCGUGUGCAAGGCAGACUACGAGACCGCCAAGCAGCGAGAGGCCGAGGCCACGGCCAAGCGGCCGCGCACGACCAUCACGGCCAAGCAGCUGGAGACGCUGAAGAGCGCCUACAACACCUCGCCGAAGCCGGCGCGCCACGUGCGCGAGCAGCUGUCGUCCGAGACCGGCCUGGACAUGCGCGUCGUGCAGGUGUGGUUCCAGAACCGCCGGGCCAAGGAGAAGAGGCUCAAGAAGGACGCCGGCCGGCAGCGCUGGGGCCAGUAUUUCCGUAACAUGAAGCGCGCCCGUGGCGGCUCUAAGUCGGACAAGGACAGUGUCCAGGAGGAGGGACAGGACAGCGAUGCUGAGGUCUCCUUCACUGAUGAGCCAUCCAUGGCUGAAAUGGGCCCUGCCAACGGCCUCUACGGCAGCCUGGGAGAGCCUGCCCCGGCCUUGGGCCGGAACUCCGGGGCCCCGGGCAGCUUCCCGCUGGAGCAUGGAGGCCUUGCCGGCCCGGAGCAGUACCGAGAGCUGCGCUCUGGCAGCCCCUAUGGCGUCCCCCCAUCACCUGCUGCCCUGCAGAGCAUCCCUGGCCCCCAGCCCCUCCUCUCCAGCCUGGUAUACCCUGAUGCCAGCCUGGGGCUCGUGCAAGCGGGAGCCCCAGGUGGGCCCCCACCCAUGAGGGUGCUGGCGGGGAACGGACCCAGCUCUGACCUAUCCACGGGGAGCAGCGGGGGCUACCCCGACUUCCCUGCCAGCCCCGCCUCCUGGCUAGACGAGGUGGACCACACUCAGUUCUGACUGCACCCCGGCUCCUACGAACACCGGACAUGAGGGGUCUGGGCAGCAGUGCUGUCCCUGGCUGGGUGGUCUGGAGCCGAGCUCUCCUCUCCCAAAGCCCUGGACCUCUGAAGGAUGUGGUGCCACUGGCGGGGGACAGGAUGAGGACUCAGGGAGAGCUCGCGUCUGCGGAGUGUCCAACCGGGCAGCCCCUCCCUCAGGCAGAGGGACCCUCCCGGCUCCGGUCUGUGUGGCUCCUCCUUCUCCGACAGGGGCCGGCCCACCUGGUGUCGGCCCAGCAAGCCUUGUUUCUUAAGCAGAUUUCUCCCUUUCUUGACCGAUUAACUGAGAGCUUGCUGCUGUUUCCAGACAGGAAAUGCUAGGAGGAGGCUAGGCUUCUGCUCUGUUGCUGCUGGGGCCUCUCCCCAGCCCAGACCAGCGCAGCCCUCAGGCUGGGAGAUGCUUCAAUUUCUAAAAUUGAAACUAACACUAAUUGUGCUUUCAUUUCCCAGGCUCCAUAUGUCUGAUUUCUGCAGCCCUCCACCCCCUGACUUUAGGUCAGAGUUGGGCCUCCUCUGUCCAGGCAGGAGGCAGCAGUGGGGAGGCCACACCUGUCUUUCCCGGCUCUUCCGGGGGCCUCCCUGCCACCACCUCCCACCUUCCCCAGGAGCCUCCUCACCACUCUCCCCGGGGCUCUUCGCUGCCCUGGGGAGGAGCCGGGCUCUCUAAGCCCAUCAGGAGCUCCCUUGCAGCCCAGACGAGGUUUUUGUCCCUGCCCCACCCACCCAGUCACAGCUGCCCCCAGGCCCUCAGCGUCCAGGCUGGGCCCCGCCCACCAAUUUCGGUUGCCAAACAGCCUCCAGCUCCCCGUCUCCUAGCAGAGUGGGCUCGGACUGCAUGCCGACUGCCCUGCCGAGCUGGAGGGUUGGACGACUUGCUGAAGAAGGCCUGAGCAGGGCUCCUCUGAGCUGCCCUGCCUCCUCUGCAGGGUGCUUUGCUGCGGCAGGCCAGGGACACAAAGGCCGGCUGCGUAUGAAUCCGAGUUACCCCUCAAGUCUGCAUUCCAAGCUACCUGUUGGUUUUGUGAACAUUCUGUCUUUUAUUUAUUCUCUAACCAUCGGUUCUUUCCCAGACUUCAAUAAAUUUGU